AUCAUUCCUAAGUGAAUCUGUUACUAGUACAUUUUUUUCUUAUAACGAGCUUUUAUUGGGUGAUUGCACCGUUUAGCUGUUAAUUUUUUGGUUAGACAUCAUGGAUGAAUCUGGUGGCACUGUAAUUGAAGCUCCUGCUUCUAGUAGUAUAAUAACAAGGAAGAGGAGAAGCAGCAUUCCUCGUCGACCUAGGCCUGAGAUUCAGCUGUUUCUAGAAAGUUAUGACCCAGUAACACCAACUUCAAAUGAUGCUUUUAGGGUCUCCAGUGAGGAAACUGAUGUUAGUUCUGGAGGUAAGAUGAUCAGCCUUAACCAGUGUAUAUCAAGGGGCUCUCCUACUACUAUAGCUGAAAGUGACCAUCCAAACAAGAAGAUUAAGGAUGAUCAGGGAUCUAGAGUGUCCUACAGCCACGGUGGAGUAGGAGAUGAUGCCCAUCACGAACUGAAUCUUACCAGACAAUUGGGAACAACUCAAAACAGUAUAGGAAGCGACAAUAAGCUCAAGAAGGUUGAGCUGAAGGUCGGUGGGGUAACAUGUAGUAUUCAAGCCAAAGACAAUCCCUAUGGUACUUCUGGUGAUGGAUCUUCCUCGAAGGGUUCUCGACCUUCUGAUACCUCUCGUUCAGGACAAUUCAGGAGAGGGUUAUUCUCUUUCAGAUAAGAAAACCCAUUACCCAAUGAAAGAUAUGUCAAGGGGGUUUAUUGAUUCUAGCAGGGAGGGUAACAGGAAGACAUCAACCAAAAACACUGCUAAAGAGUCAGAUUCCGUGAGGAAGAGCAAACGGGUUCUAAAGAGGCGUGUUUUGGAUGGGGCAUUUGACGAAGAUGAAGAAGAAGAUGAUGAGAUCCGGUAUCUGGAAAAGCUGAAAAAAUCAAAAGUUUUUGGGGUUAGGGAUUUUGAAGAGGAACCUGCCAACAAACAUCGGAGUCUCUCUAGGGUUUCUAAAAGUGUUGAAGAGAUUGGAGGAUUGACCAAAGAUGGUAAGAAGAGAUCAUUUGAUAAAAGUUCUGAAGACACUGACUAUGAAGAGGAGAAAGAAGUGUUGUUGUCUGAUGGGGAGCGUGAAGCAAAAAGGAAACAAAAACAGAAAAAGGAUUCCCCACCUAACACGCAGACAGAAUCUAAGAGGGAAAUAGCUCUUACAACACGCCAACAUGCUCUUCUCUCAGGCAAGGAGCCAUCUGCUGGUGUGAGUAAGGUUGAGUUCCCUAAUGGGUUGCCUCCACCCCCAUCUCGAAAACAAAAAGAGAAACUCACUGAGGUGGAGCAGCAACUAAAGAAAACUGAAGCCGCACAUAGGCGUAGAAUGCAAAAUGAGAAGGCAGCUCGAGAAUCAGAGGCUGAGGCAAUUAGAAAAAUACUUGGUCAAGACUCAAAUAGAAAGAAGAAAGAGGACUAAGUGAAGAAGCAUCAAGAAGAGUUGGCCCAGGAGAAGGCUGCUAAACAUCAGAAACCGUCAUAAUCAUCAUGAGCCCUAUAGUGAAAGUAGUGACAUUUCCAAUGGAGAUGGGUUUACCCCUUAUAUUCGGAUCCAAACCCCACAGUUAUCCACCUCCUCGUGAAAAGUGUGCUGGUCUUUCAUGUUUGAACCCAUACAAGUACCGUGACUCCAAGUCGAAGCUCCCUCUGUGCAGUCUCAAUUGAUACAAGGCCAUUCAUUCUCAGAUGGAUGUCGAAAAGGUGUGCUGACAAUGUGUGAGGGCUCGCAGUGCAGAAGAGCUAGGAAUAAAUUAGCCACAAUGGAACUUAUUGCAUUUCCAAGCAGUAUAUGCUUGGAAAUAUAAUGUAAUGCCAUGGUUUAGCCCUCUCCUCCCGUAUCGUUGCUCGUUUUCUUGUGACUGUUUUUCAUGGAGAUGUGGUAGUCUUGAGCUAUGUUAUCUUUUAUGGUGGAUAUCUGUUUCAUUUUGGCCAAUGCCGGUAUUCAAGGAAAAGAUCGUUUUUUAUUGAAUUUAAA